AUCCAGCUUAAUUGUACGGCAUCAUCCCUAUUUGAAAAAUCAAAAUAAAUACCACCGGCUAGUUGAUUGCCCAGCUCAUCAACAGUAUCUGUGAUGUGUUACCAACUCUUCUUUAUCAUAAAUAAAAUAAACACCAAUAAUUCACUUUCAAAUGUCUAUCUAGUCUCCCCUCCCUUCUUCUUCGAUCUCUCAAUCUCAAUCUCUCAAUUUCUAUCACAUUCACUCUCACUGAAAACGAAAUUUAGGAUUUUCUUGGUAGAAUCCAGGGAAAUCUCUAUAUAGAAUCAAGGAUAUUGCAAUUACAAAUCGUAUCAUAUCAUUGCCCGUUUAAAGAGAGUGGAAGAAGGAUUUAAUACAAGAUGGUUGGGGUGGAGAGAUAUUGUGUUGUGACAGGUGGGAGGGGUUUUGCGGCCCGUCAUAUGGUGACAAUGCUCAUUAAAUCACGGGAAUGGUUAGUUAGAGUUGCCGAUUUAGGGUCCGGAAUUAUGCUUGAACCAUAUGAGGAAGAAGGAGUUCUUGGUGAAGCUCUUCGAUCAGGCCGUGCUCAGUAUGUCUCUGCGGAUCUUAGAGACAAAGCCCAAGUGAUUAAAGCCUUCGAAGGGGCAGAGGUUGUUUUUCACAUGGCUGCUCCAGAUUCAUCGAUCAACAAUCACAAGCUGCAUUACUCAGUGAAUGUAGAAGGAACCAAGAACGUUAUUGAUGCCUGUGUUGAGUGCAAAGUGAAGAGACUCAUCCAUACAAGCUCUCCUAGUGUCGUCUUUGAUGGGGUUCAUGGUACAGAUAAUGCAGAUGAAUCAAUGCCCUACCCAUCUAAGCAUAAUGAUUCCUAUUCAGCAACUAAAACUGAAGGAGAGGUGUUGGCUUUAGAGGCAAAUGAUAAAAAUGGGCUCCUAACAUGCUGCAUACGCCCCAGUACUAUUUUUGGUCCUGGUGAUAGGCUGUUCGUUCCAUCUUUAGUUACUGCUGCAAGAGCUGGAAAGUCUAAAUUCAUCAUCGGUGAUGGCAAUAACUUCUACGAUUUCACGUAUGUGGAAAACGUGGCUCAUGCCCAUAUAUGUGCUGAGAAAGCUCUAUCCUCAGGUGGGGAAAUUGCGGAAAGAGCUGCUGGUCAGGCCUACUUUAUUACCAAUAUGGAACCAAUGAAGUUUUGGGAGUUUGUCGCAGUUAUCCUUGAUGGUCUUGGCUAUGAGAGACCAAGUAUCAAGAUUCCAGCCCUUGUCAUGAAGCCGAUAGCGCAGUUGGUAGCUUUGACGUAUAAUGUGUUAGGGACCUACGGGAUGCCUGUUCCACAACUGACACCUUCAAGGAUUAGUCUGCUCACAUGCAACAGAACUUUCAGUUGUUCGAAAGCCAAGGACCGGAUCUCUUAUACACCUAUUGUCUCACUUCAGGAGGGCCUGAAGAGAACAAUUGAGUCGUACUCACACUUAAGAGCUGAUUUAACUAAGACAUAAGGACCGUCCAUUCCUUUAUAUUUCCAUUUUCAUUAUUUUUUGUUUCUUUCUUCCACUUAAAAGUUGUUGUCUGGAUAUUUCUCGCUUUCUGUGCAUGUCAGUAUACCAUUAUUACCACUGUUUGAAAGCUUCUAUGGUGACAACAUUCUUCUUAUUUGUUCAUGGGUUUCUACCCUCUAUAUUGUAUUAUAUACAUUUUCUCUAAAGUAACUUUUG